GAGACGGAAUCCGCCUUAGCGACCGCCCAGUCGCUGCUGGCACAGACGAAUCGCCUGGUCGAUUCAAAGCUCCGCACGGCCGAGAAGACGAACGAGCUGCUAGUGGCCGAGCUGAAGGGCAUGCAAGAGCGUGGAAAGUUGGCCCAGGAGAAGCUGGACGAAGUCCGGCGAAGCCUCAAGGAAACACAGGUACGAAUGGCCGCUGACGCCUUAAUGAAGGAGGUGUCAGACAAAGUGGCCUUCGCGGAAGACGAGCUCCAGAAAAUGGCCGAAGCGGAGCUGCCCUUCCUCCGAAAUGACAAAGACCAGGAUCAGGAUGCACUGUUCCUGGAGGCAGACAAGGUGGCUGUGCAGGUCCACUCGGCGCUUGCCGAGGCCCAGAGCUUCGUGGCCCGGAAGCUGGUGGAGGUGGCAAAGUUCUCCGAUGCUCCGGGGCAGACAGUCAGAGAGGAGGUCGACAUGCUGCAGAAGAGGCUCGAGGAGGGCCGCGACCGUCUGCAGCAGUUCAGGACGAGCAUCGCAGAGAGAAAGCGGUCGCACUUGCUGGAGGAGGUCGAGCAGAAAGUCUUGAAAGCAGAGGAGGAG